CUACUUCGAAGGCUGCGUACGGUCCCCCGUUGAAUCAUCAUGUCCUCCGACUCAGAGACCAGCGAUUCCGACUGUGGUGUACGCUACAAAACGACAACCACUCGCCACAAACAUUCUUCUUCGAGAGACAAACCGGAUCAACGGUCCGACUACCGACACAGCAGCAACCGUAAAUCAGAUCGUCGGUAUCGCAAAAGCCGCAGCAGAACUCCCGAUCGCCGACGGUACCGUCGAAGGUCUCGGUCGGUCGAAUCUUCGUCACGAUCGCGAACUCAUCGUCGUUCGGCUUGCUCUUCGCGCAAUGUUUCGCCGGAGCGUGUCGAAAAGGAGGAAAAAGUUUUGGAUAUUUCAAUAUCAUCCAUUUCAUCGCCAGACGAUCAUGGAGCCCAGCGAGAGGAAAGAUCACCGACAGCCAAUUAUGGUCCUGCGCUUCCACCGACGGUAACAUCACGGAUCGGCGAACAGGACGAAAGCGAAAAGGCCAGCGAAGUUAUUGGACCAGCUCUGCCUCCACACCUUCUGGCUCGCGGUACCGACGUUUCGACGAAUAGCGAACAAGACAAACCACCGCGAAAUAUUGGCCCCGCGUUGCCCCCCGGUUUGAAACUCCCGGAAGUAUCGGCCACAUCCGAUUCGGAGCUUUCACCUUUUUCCGAACCAGAGGAACAUUCGGAUGACGGAGAAAUGAUAGGUCCACUGCCAGGAACGUCAAGCACGCGUGCCAAUGUUGAACUGGAGCAACGAGCACUGGAGAUGAAAAUACGACAGAUGGAUAGUGCUGCAGCCAGUGCUAACGGUGCUGGUGCAAUCCCAUCGGCACGCGAAGACUGGAUGCUGGAACUGCCAGACAUACGCAAAAUUGCCGACAUGGGGCUGGGUGCAAGACAGUUUCGGACGCGAGAGAAGCUUGAAAUCGGAGAUCGUUCAGUGUGGACCGACACACCGGUCGAUCGGGAGCGAAAGAAGGCUUCCGGAGGCGGAUCGGAACGAUCUGCGAAACCCAUCGAUCCGGCCGUAGAACGGGAGCGGGAACGUGAGCGAAAGCUCAUCGCUAAACGGGACAAGGAGCAGGAGGAUUUGGUAAAGCGCCACAAAAAGAAACACAAACGCGACAAGACGCUGGUAGAGAUACACCAAAAGAAGCUGCAAAAGGAAAAGGAAUCAAAGGAUGGUUCAGAAACGGCCAGAAGGCCUUUUGAUCGUAACGUGGACCUGCAAGCUAACCGUUUCGAUGAGGCACAAAAGAAAGCGGUUCUGAAAAAGGCCCAACUGCUUGACUCUCGAUUCUCCAGUGGAAGUUCUAAAUUUUUGUAG